UUUUCUGGAGGCCAUUUGAAUUCUCACGAAGACUUCUGACAGUGGAAAGCUGUAAGAGCAGAGCUGAAUCCACAUCACUGAUUCCACUAGUUUGGAUACCACUGAUACAAAAGCUCAAAACACAUAGUAUUUUCUUGUUGGAUCAGAGAAAAAGAUUCUCAACUAUGCCAGAAUUAGAAACAAAUCAGAGACACUCUGAAUUGUUUUCACCGCCUUCUGAUGUUCGAGGAAUGACAGAACUUGAUAGAACAGCUUUUUCAAAGACAGUCACUGUUCCAGCGCUUAAAGUGAAAAAAGAAAUAGUCAAUAAAUUGAUGCGAUCUCUUAAAAGGGUAGCACUGCAGCGCCCGGGCAUAAAGCGUGUGAUCGAAGAUCCAGAAGAUGAAGAGAGUAGACUAAUUAUGCUGGAUCCCUUUAAAAUGUUUUCUCAGGAUUCCUUUGAGAAAGCAGAACUCAGUAUUUUAAGUCAGCUUCAUGUCAGUCCACAGAUAUCUAAAUACAAUUUGAAACUAACUUACGAGAACUUUAAGUCAGAAGAAAUCUUGAGAGCUGUGCUUCCUGAAGGUCAAGAUGUGACUUCAGGGUUUAGCAGAGUUGGACAUAUUGCUCAUUUAAACCUUCGAGAUCAUCAACUACCUUUCAAGCAUUUAAUUGGCCAAGUCAUGAUAGACAAAAAUCCAGGGAUCACCUCGGCAGUAAAUAAAAUCAAUAAUAUUGACAAUACUUACCGAAAUUUCCAAAUGGAAGUGCUGUCUGGAGAGGAAAACAUGCUGACCAAGGUUCGAGAGAACAACUACAACUAUGAAUUUGAUUUUUCUAAAGUCUAUUGGAAUCCACGUCUCUCUACAGAACACAGCCGUAUCAUAGAACUUCUCAAACCUGGGGAUGUCCUAUUUGAUGUUUUUGCUGGGGUUGGGCCAUUUGUCAUUCCAGUAGCAAAGAAAAAUUGCACUGUGUUUGCCAACGAUCUCAACCCUGAAUCCCAUAAAUGGCUGUUGCACAAUUGUAAAUUAAAUAAAGUGGACCAAAAGGUAAAAGUCUUUAACUUGGAUGGGAAAGACUUCCUCCAAGGACCAGUCAGAGAAGAGUUGACGCAGCAGUUGGGGCCACCAUCAAAAGAAAGAAGAUGCUCUGUGCACAUUGUUAUGAACUUGCCAGCAAAGGCUAUAGAGUUUCUCAGUGCCUUCAAAUCACUCUUGGAUGGGCCACCUUGUCCCAGUGAGCACCUUCCCAUAGUGCACUGCUACAGUUUUUCCAAAGAUGCUGAUCCUGCUGAGGAUGUUCGGCAGCAGGCUGGAGCUGUGCUAGGGGUUUCUCUGGAGGCAUGCAGUUCAGUUCACCUAGUAAGAAAUGUGGCCCCUAAUAAGGAAAUGCUGUGUAUCACUUUUCAGAUUCCUGCUUCCAUACUCUAUAAGGAUCAGACCAUGAAUCUAGAGAAUCACGAAGAUCCACCUCUUAAACGCCAGAGGACAGAUAAAGCCUUUUCAGAAGAAAAAAUACUAAUUGCUUCAAACAUUUAAUUGGAAAUCUUUUCUUCAUCUCCUGCUAGACUUUUAUAUAGU